GUGGAAGCAGACCAAUGCACCGAGAGCUGCUGCAGCCGCUUCGUGUGGGCGUGCGGAAGGGGCUAGUUAGUUGUAGACCAUGUACUUUGGCGUGGCGGAGAACUUGGAGUAGCCCUUAAUCACCUUGUUGAUCGCCUCGAUCAGGUCCUUCUCGCUGAUGCUCUGCACACACACGAACAACACACACACACACGUCAGCACGGCUUUUGUUUGCCGCACCAGCUGGCCCCCCUGCCUGUCAGUCAUACCUUUCUUCUCGCUCGGAUGGCAAACAUGCCCGCCUCCGUGCACACACUGCGGAUGUCAGCGCCUGAACUCACACACGCUCACGAUGCGCGCGCAGUCUUCUCGCCGAUAUUCCCUCUCUCACCGGUAGUGUUUGGGCAGAGUCUGGCGAGCAGCUCGAACCGUAUGUCCCUGUCCAUGUUCAUGACCUUGGCGUGGAUCUGGAAGAUCUGAGUGCGGCCCUGAUCAGAAUAACACACACACAUACACACAUACGUGCGGCUGUGGGUGUGUGUUGUGGUUAUGUGUUUGUGUGACCUCGAGGUCGGGGAGGUUGAAUUCGAUUUUGCGGUCGAGUCGGCCUGGCCUGGUGAGUGCUGGGUCGAGUGUGUCGGGCCUGUUGGUGGCCAUGAGCACCUUGAUGUUGCCGCGAGCAUCGAACCCGUCCAACUGAUUCACGAUCUCUGACAGACAGAUGGACAGAAACAUGCACACACGAGUCGUCGUUGGUGGGCGGAGCAUGGGUGCUGAUUUCUUGUCUGUCUGACCGAGCAUGGUCCUCUGCACUUCGUUGUCGCCCGUCGCAUCGUCACCUCGGCUGCCUGAAGACACACACACACACACCCAAAGCGCCAUAUCUCAACCACACGUGUGCGUGUGUGGGCGUAUGCGUGUGUGUGGUGUGUUCACUUACCUCCGAUGGCAUCGACUUCGUCAAUGAACAGGAUGCACGCCUUCUUGGAGCGGGCCAUCUGGAACAGCUCACGCACCAUACGCGCACCCUCACCCACAUACCUGCAGACACACCGACAUAACGACAUGACGCCAACACAGAGCCAUCCAUGAUGCAUGGUCUUUCUCUUGAGCACUUUUGGACGAGCUCCGAUCCGAUGACGCAGAUGAAGCAGGCGUCGGUGCGGUUGGCCACUGCACGAGCCGUCAGGGUCUUGCCCGUCCCCGGCGGUCCGUACAGCAGCACUCCCUUUGGCGGGUCGAUACCCAAGGUGACAAAACGCUCCGGCUGAAUGAGAACGCAACACGCGGUCGGUUCAUGUGCCAUAAUGGGGUUCAUUCCCUUGCCCACCUGCAGCAGUGGCAUUUCGACGACCUCCCUGAGUCGGUCGAGCUGCUCCUUGCACCCACCGAUGUCGUUGUACGUGAUGUCGGGUUUCUGAACACCCAGACGCCAGGCACACAAGCCAACGAAUUGGGUUGUUCUCUCUCUCCCUCUUUGCUGUGUCUGUGUGACUAAUUCUGACCUCCUCGACAGUCAUCAUGGUGACGGAUGGGUCGAUCUUGGGCGGAAGCGGCAGGUGGAUCUGGUACUUCUGGCGGUCAACACUGAGCGCACAAAGCAGCGGUCACAACACGACAGUUGGUUGGUCGGUGGGUUGCAUACCCGACUCUCAUGCCCUCCUCGAUGUCCGUGGGCGCCACCUUGUCACUCAAACCCUACAGAACAGACACAUACGCACACCACGCACACACUCGGAUGGAACUCUCUGGUCAGGUCAGGCAUCUUCCCUCCCGUCCUUACCGACACAUAUUUGGCGUAUUGUCUGAUGUUGAUGAUGUACUUGGCCUCCUCGGUGCCGGGGUUGAUGAUCUUGGUGCACCUGGCCACCUGCAGCGGCUGCUCCUCCUGCUGCAUCUGCUUGUCGGCAGCAAGGUCCCACUGGCUCGGCUGGGCCAAACCAGUGUCCGACUCCCGGACUCCUGAACGACCAAACACAACAAGACAGCGUCCGGCAGCUGGUGUGUUUGGUGUGUCGGUCGGCAAGCGGCCGCUGUACCUGUGAGCUUGUUGAUCUUCCCGACGAGGUCCGUGAGCUCCUUGUCCAUGGACUUGACUUUGUCGGCAUAUGGUCCCAGCCCCUGUCACACGCAACACACCGUGCAGCAGCACAGGGCAGCGAAUAGACACAGCAGGAGGCAGCUGUUGCCUGUCAUCUCUCCUGCGUACGUAUGUUUUGAGAAUGGAGAUGUCGGCGUCAUCGAGGGGCUUGGUAUCGGGCUCCUCCGGCUCAUCGAGAGGCUUACUCGGCAUCUUCUCUUGAUUGUUCGUUCGUUACUCUGCUUCCGCGAAAAAGCUCGCACGGCCCGUCUCGUAAAAAGGGCCAUUACUUUCCCCUCACAUCACGCUGAGUCCGCAGGCCAACAAGAAGUCGGCAGACAUUGUUCGUAAGGAUGGAGUGCCGCUGCAUGAGGAAGAACUGCUGCUGGUGACGUUCUUUGUGAGUUGCAUGGGGGCUGAGGCAAGACCACCAGGAAGGAGACGGUGACCAAACAGGCAGAGGAGUUCUGCCGUCGUCUCCCGACAACGUUCGACAACCAGCACAGGGGAUGAGCCGAUUUUGAGAAGAAGACGCACACCUACGCAGGUUGCGCACCACUCGCCAUUCGUGCGACGUGUGAAUGCUGUUGUCGCAACCUGCGGACUGUGGCGCCGUGUUAGGGUACGCCGUGUGAAUGCUGUUGAGGAGGCCGUCGCAUCGGGAGGUGCGUGAGCUGAUGCACGAUAAUGGCUCCACUUUGUGGAAAUGAAUCGGUUCGAGCGGUUCGCGAGGAGCUGGAAGAGGCCAAGGAAAACCGAACAAGCUGCCUGAGUAAGGACAUCAGUCAGGCACACACGCAGGCAAACAAUCCCUUACCCCUGUGUGGUGUGGUGCUGGCAGUCUCGUUGUUUGUUUGUGCAAUCUCACCGAGGCCGAGAAGGAAGAAUCCCAGAUGCAGCAGGGCGAUCAGCAUCCCCCACCACCCCCUCCAGUGCCCACAGCAGACGACGCCAGACAGGCUGAGAGGGAGACGGAGGAC